AUGGAGGGGUUGAGACGUCCGAGGUCUGUCGUAUGCCUGACCUUCGGUCUUUUAUUGGGUUUGACCAUAGUGUCACUACACCUCUCACCUACCGCCAGAGAAUAUGCAUCCGAUAAACUCCCUCCAUUAUCGAUCCCCAAGAUAUUUUCCAAACCCUCCUCUCCUAUCCCUCCCAUUUCCCCAUCCCCAUUCUCACCCUCUAUCCAUUCGACACCUAUCGACACUUCUCCACAGUCCACUUCUCCCGAUCCACGUAUAAGCCAGACAAGGUAUCUAGGGGGUGUACCAGGCCAUCAAGUUUUCCAAAAUUUAUGGAUCAAGAAUCAGACUUUUUAUGUGUUGAAUACCCGUAGAAAGACUAUACCAGGUAUGAGCAGGGUGGUUAGUGGGGAUACCCUUUGGGAGGUAGUGAGGGAUCCUGAAGAUUUGGAGAUGAGGGGUGCUGAAGAUGCUUUGGUCUUAGAGGGAUCUACCAUAUUCAUCAACGACGGAGCCAAGACAGACAUGUGGCAUUUCCUAUCCUCGUACUACCCUUUCAUCGCCGAGGUAUUCCUAGGCUCUAUAACGGCACUCGCAUCCGUACCGGCACCGAUGGAGUUGGUCGAACAAGUCAGACCAGGUAUAGAAGUUCCUAAACUGCCGAAGAGAGUGGUGAUACCUUGGAAAGCUGCUGAAGGAUGGAGAGAUGAAGAGGGAAUGAAUGAGUUGGUACUCAAAGGUGUAUUUGGAGAAGCCAACCUCAUCGAGCCCUAUCACUGGAGUAUGCUUAAUGAUGAAUCGCAAUCUCACCAAGGCUGGAUUUUCCUCGAGCGAGUGGUCAUAGCGGACCGAUGGGCUUCGCAUCGACACAACCCCCUCUCAGAUUCCCUCAACAAAAUGGCAGCUUCGAUAUUCUCCCGUCCACAUCCUCCAUUCUUCUUCACACCUAUAAGAGAAGCGUUCUUAUCUCACUUAUCAAUUCCCCUACCGCCCAAUCGUCUAGAUCCUCAGAGAGCUCUGAAAGGUCUACCGAAGAUUGUUUAUGUGGAUAGACAGAAUACGGAUAGGAAACUUAGCCCCGAAGGACAUAGAGAAUUGUCGGUGGUGUUGGGUGAGAUCGAGUCGAUUGGGAAAGCUACAGUUGGACAUAAGAAGUUGGGUAAAUUGGGUGGGAAGGAGAAGGUUGAGGCUGUACAUGAUGCCGAUAUCCUUAUUGGAGUACAUGGUGAUGGGUUGACUAAUCAACUAUGGAUGCCCGAAGGUGGAAUAGUGAUUGAGAUAUUCCCUCCCAACUCUUGGUUGCCCGAACAUCAAAUCGUAUCUGAUAUAUUAAACCACGAAUAUAUACCGAUCUGGAAUGACCGUGCGAUAUCAAGGGAAGAAUGGGAUACCUUCCCCCGACAGCAUGGUGAACACUUACUGAACAAUGGAGAGGAUAUGCCUCUCGAUGGCACGUUUUUGAGAUUAUUACUGGAGGAGAUAGUACAGAGGAUGACGGGGCCGUGA